GGGAGCAUAGCGUGGAGACCAUCGCAAGCAGCUUCGGCGUAUCCUCAAGACACAAUCAACAUGGCCAGAUCGAAGGAGCUCGUGCCCGGCGUCGGCCGCCUUUCGCGCUCGCAGGUCUUCGCCAAGCGCGGCCUCUUCAAGGGCCCCAAAAAGUCAGAAAAGCCCGCCGCGGAGCCCACGCCGGAGUACGUCGAGAAGACGGUGAACGGAGAGAAGAACGGUGGCAAGCGCCUGGUCCCCACCCAGAAGGCGCCCCGCUUCUACCCCGCUGAGGAUGUGCGCCAGCCCAAGAAGAGCCGCAAGUCCCCCAAGCCCACCGCUCUCCGCUCGACCAUCACCCCUGGCACCGUACUUAUCCUGCUUGCCGGCCGCUACCGGGGGAAGCGCGUUGUCUUCCUCAAGCAGCUUGAGAGCGGCCUGCUCCUUGUCACUGGCCCGUACAAGGUCAACGGCGUCCCCUUGCGGAGGGUGAACCAGGCGUACGUCAUUGCGACGUCCACCAAGCUUGAGCUCGGCGACUACAAGGUCGACGAGAAGAUCAACGACGCCUACUUCGCCAAGGAGAAGACCAAGGGCUCGCAAUCAGCAGAGGCUGAGUUCUUCGAGGAUGGCAAGCCGAAGGCGAAGGAGGCGUUCCCCGAGUCGAAGGCCGCCGACCAGAAGUCGGUUGACAAGGCCAUCGUCGAGGCCGUCAAGAAGACCGAGCACCUCGCGAAGUACCUCUCGUCUUCGUUCGGUCUCUCCAAGGGCCAGUACCCGCACGAGCUGAAGUUCUAGGCGGUCAGCACGCAGUCGGGUCGGUGGGGGCGCGGAUGUAGAGGAUGGGCGGUGGCCGGGGGUCGCCGCCGUUAAGCUUAUGCCAGCAUGCACCAGCUAUAUGUGUCUUUACUCGCUAUAUCGUCUCACUAUGCAACGCAUGAAGCACAGGCUGCAGCUGACGCGAUGCGGCAGUGUAUAUCAUACUCUGAAAUCUCGUAUGGGUGAUAUUCUUUGUGAAGACUGCAGACGAUUUCCUGUGAGUAACACUCCCGUU